UGCUUCUUUUUUUCCUCCCCACAUCCAAAUUCCAACCAUCGUUUCUAAACACACAUACUCACACACACCCUUCUCUUAAUCACUCCUCUUCUCUUCUUUUCUACAACAUCAUGCCUGAAGAAACUCCUCAAAACUCCUCAUUUCUCUCCACUACUGAAUACUACAAACUGUUGGAGAAAAACAAGAAGACUCUUCAAUUCAUUGAAGAUGUCACUGCCAACGCCGAUCAAGUCCAGCGUCGGGUCCUCACCGAGAUCCUUUCCCGCAAUGCCGGCGUUGAGUACCUCCGUCGACACGGGCUUGGUGGCGCCACCGACUGUAAGACCUUCAAAAAUACCCUUCCUCUUAUCUCCUACGAGGAUAUUCAACCUGAUAUCAACCGUAUUGCCAAUGGGGACUCCUCUUCCAUUCUCUGUUCCUCUCCCAUUUCUGAGUUUCUCACAAGCUCGGGGACAUCAGGAGGAGAGAGAAAGCUAAUGCCAACAAUAGAAGAAGAAUUAGAAAGAAGAUCAUCGCUCUACAGUUUACUAAUGCCAGUAAUGAGCCAAUUCAUAGAAGGCUUAGAAAAAGGGAAAGGAAUGUACUUUCUGUUCAUAAAAUCAGAAUCCAAAACCCCAAGUGGACUACUCGCUCGACCAGUACUAACAAGCUAUUACAAAAGCCCCCACUUCAAGAACCGCCCAUUCGACCCAUACACCAAUUACACAAGCCCAAACGAAGCCAUCCUCUGUUCCGACUCAUACCAAAGCAUGUAUGCCCAGCUCCUCUGCGGCCUCCUCCACCGCACUGACGUCCUCCGUGUUGGAGCUGUCUUCGCCUCCGGCUUCAUCCGAGCCAUCCGGUUCCUGGAAAAGCACUACACAUUGCUCUGCCACGACAUUCGAACUGGGACUCUAAACUCGGAGAUCACGGAUCAGGGGAUUCGGGAAUCGGUGAGGAAGAUUCUGAAGGCAGAUGGGAAAUUGGCGGAUUUUGUGGAAGGGGAAUGUGGGAAGAAAUGUUGGGGAGGGAUUAUAAGUAGGAUAUGGCCGAAUACGAAGUACGUGGAUGUGAUUGUAACGGGGACAAUGUCGCAGUAUAUCGGGACAUUGGAUUAUUAUAGUAAUGGUUUGCCAAUUGUUUGCACAAUGUAUGCUUCAUCGGAGUGUUAUUUUGGAGUGAAUUUGAAGCCGAUGUGUAAACCAGGGGAAGUGGCAUAUACGCUUAUACCAACGAUGGCGUAUUUUGAGUUUCUUCCUGUGAAUAGAAGUAAAGAGAAGGAGUUGGAGAAGGAGCUUGUGGAUCUUGUUGAUGUCAAGCUUGGUCAUGAGUAUGAGCUUGUUGUUACCACAUAUUCAGGAUUGUAUAGGUAUAGAGUGGGAGAUAUACUAAGAGUGGCAGGGUUCAAGAACAAUGCACCACAAUUCAAUUUCAUAUGCAGAAAAAAUGUUGCUUUAAGCAUAGAUUCAGACAAAACAGAUGAGGUUGAAUUACAAAAUGCUGUAAAAAACGCCUUAACCCAUUUGAUACCAUUUGAUGUCACUUUGAGUGAGUACACAAGCUGUGUUGACACUUCAAACAUCCCUGGCCAUUAUGUUCUCUAUUGGGAACUAACUCUAAACAAUGAAAUCAAAUCAACCCCAAUUCCACCCUCUGUCUUUGAGGAUUGUUGCUUUGCUAUCGAAGAGUCUCUUAAUGCCGUGUACCGUCAAGGUCGGGUCUCCGAUAAGUCCAUUGGUCCUCUCGAGAUCAAGAUCGUCGAAACUGGAACAUUCGACAAGCUCAUGGACUUUGCAAUUAGCUUAGGAGCAUCAAUAAAUCAGUAUAAGACACCAAGAUGUGUCAAGUAUGAACCCAUAAUUCAACUAUUGAGUUCUAGGGUUGUGUCAAAUUAUUUCAGCCCCAAAUGCCCUAAAUGGGUUCCAAAGCAAUGGAUCUGAAAGUGGAAAUUUUAAUUAUUGGAUUGUUGUAUCAAUAGGGAAUAUUUAAUCACCCUAGAGAUUUUAAUGGUUUUCUUUUUCUUGCAUCCUUUCUGAAAUUUUAGGCUAAUUUGAAGGUUAAUAGACAAUGUACAAAAGUAGUUCUUCUGUUGUUCAACAAAUUAAAGUAAUCUUUUUUCUUUUAA